AACGGUUGUCAUUUUUCGAAAAACCUCGGAGGACAACAGACGUAAUUUUGCAAAAUCUCAACAAAUUCACUUAAAAAAGUUCCAAAUUUAAUUUUAAAAAACCCAAAAAUGAUGCAAGAAAAGGAAAAUAUCAUCGAAACAAUGGACAAAUUCACAAUUAAGAGCCCUCGCAAGAUUCUGAGCGAGAAAACAAACCAAAAUACCGUUGAAAAGACUGACGAAGCAGUAAAAACGCUGCAGACACCCCAAAAUGCUGUCGGCUCAGCGUUAGCUAAUAAGAAAUCAAUGGAAUUCGAUCCGAGCAUCGAACCGCUAUUGAAAGACAAUCCACGGAGAUUUGUAAUAUUCCCCAUCGAGUAUCAUGAUAUAUGGAAAAUGUAUAAAAAGGCUGAAGCUUCAUUCUGGACCGCCGAGGAAGUUGAUCUUUCCAAAGACAUGGCAGAUUGGGAGAAAUUGAAGCCAUCCGAGCGCAAAUUCAUCUCUCACGUCUUGGCAUUCUUCGCCGCAUCCGACGGAAUUGUCAACGAAAAUCUCGUUGAACGUUUCUCGCAAGAAGUUCAAAUCACCGAAGCUCGUUGCUUCUACGGUUUCCAAAUCGCCAUGGAAAAUGUGCAUUCCGAAAUGUACUCGUUGCUUAUCGACACGUACAUUCGCGAUCCUCAAGAACGUGAUUUCCUCUUCAACGCCAUCGAAACUCUCCCGUGCGUCAAGAAAAAAGCUGAUUGGGCAAUGAGUUGGAUUUGCAGCAAAAACGCCAACUUUGCUGAACGUGUCAUUGCUUUCGCCGCUGUCGAGGGAAUUUUCUUCAGCGGAAGUUUCGCAUCGAUCUUUUGGUUGAAGAAACGCGGACUUAUGCCUGGCUUGACCUUUUCCAAUGAGUUGAUUUCGCGUGACGAAGGCUUGCAUUGCGAUUUCGCGUGUUUGAUGUACAAACAUUUGGUCCAAAAGCCCCCGAAGGAACGCGUUUUGGAAAUUAUCACGGAAGCUGUCAAAAUUGAGCAAGAAUUUUUGACUGAUGCCUUGCCGGUUGCCAUGUUGGGCAUGAAUUGCGAACUUAUGUCGCAAUAUAUCGAAUUUGUGGCAGAUCGAUUGCUCUUGGAAUUGGAACAAGAGAAAUAUUACAACACAAAAAAUCCGUUCAGUUUCAUGGAAUUCAUCUCGUUGGAGGGCAAAACGAACUUUUUCGAGAAAAAAGUUGGAGAAUAUCAAAAGGCAGGCGUCAUGGCGAGUCGUCUUGACAACGUUUUCACAUUAGAUGCCGAUUUCUAAGACUGCUUUUCCCAUAAAAAAUUAGGUCAGUGACCUAAAUUUGACGAUUUCGGAAGAAAUUUACAAAAUUCUUAAAAAAAACUUAACAAUCACAUUCUUUUGUGUCUUAACUAACAAUAUAUAAUGUAACUUUAGCUCGUAAGUGUAGUAAUUUUUUUCCAUUUGAAUUAGAUUUGUAAUUUGAUCCUCUCCAGAAUGAACUUUUUACAAUAAAUUUUUUUAGAAUAACGAA